CUCCGACCUCACGUUUCCUUUUACGUAGUCCACAUGGUCGCGACCCUGCUGUCUAUUUUUGCAUCGUUCAACCGUUCACAAGUAAAGAUGUCCGACCAGAAAGAAGUAUCAUUCAUCAUGGUGAAACCUGACGGAGUCCAGCGGGGGCUCGUCGGAGAGAUCAUCAAGCGGUUCGAGAGCAGAGGCUUCCAGCUUAUCGGAUGCAAAAUGAUGUCGCCGUCCAAGGAAUUUUUGGAGACACAUUAUCAAGACCUCAAGUCCAAAGCUUUCUUCCCAGGAUUGAUCAAAUACAUGUCUAGCGGACCAGUCGUUGCCAUGGCUUGGCAGGGAAAGAGUGUUGUAAAGACCGGGCGUGUCAUGUUAGGUGCCACCAAUCCUUUAGACUCUAACCCAGGAACCAUUCGAGGCGACUUCUGUAUAGAUGUUGGAAGGAACAUCUGCCACGGUAGCGAUUCUGUUGAAAGCGGAAAACGCGAGGUUGAGCUCUGGUUUGGUGGCAAAACAGAAGAGUAUUCAUUAUGUACAGAGAGUAUGAUUUAUGAAUAAAUUCACUGUACAGAAAAGGAACUGUGGAUGAGAUUGAUGUCCAGAAGGAACCGUGCUCUUCCUGGUUGUAUGAUCUGUGAUAAACCUUUACAACAUUUUGAUAAUGAUCUUUUGGACCAGCAAAUAUGACACUGUGUACAUGUCGCAUGGAAGUGCUUACAUAAAUGAUCAUGAAAUAUAUGCUAUACAAAAUCUUGCAUAUGAAUUAAAAUUCACACAUAAAUUA